UGGAUUACUAACAAAAAUUUCUCGGAUUUUCUGGAACAGAAAGUAGUAAAAGAAGAAAGCCUUCCAAGUUACCGACGGUCACCUCAGCCAGGGUUUCGACUUUCUGUAUUGUGAUUCUCUUUAUGUUCAUGCUGCGAUGUUUGGCUUAAUAGUAUCAGGACGAUUGGUGCAGACUGAAUUUCAUUCUGUGAGUGAGACGCAGUUCCUGUUCAACAUUCCGGAGGCUGACAGUAUCAAUCAUGUGGUUGUGUUUAUGACUGGCCAGACCCCAUUUCCUGAUGGACUGGGAGGAGCAGUUUACUUUUCCUGGCCUCGUCCUGAAGGUCCUGUUUGGACAAUGCUGGGUCACAUCUCAAACCAGAAGCCUAGUGCAAUCUUCAAAAUUUCAUCAUUAAAGUCUUCGGAUGGUUCAAACAACCAAGUUCACUUCGGAGCUAUGGCACAGCAACAGUCUCACCAGGCGCAGAUCGGCAUCUCCGUCGAACAGCUCGACCAGAUCGCCCAACAGACGCCAGCCACCGUGGCCAAUGCUCCGUCAGUGCCAGCUUUUGUCGAGUUCUCCACCAAGAUGUUGGAGAGCUUCUUUAACUACGCCUCCUCCUUUGCUGCCUCACACAAUCAGAUUGCUAUGAGUCAUAGCGAAACAUUUGUGCCGAUGAGUACGCUCAAGAACUGGUUUGAGAACUUUCAGCGGCGACUGCAGCAGAAUCCUUAUUUCUGGAAGUCAUGAUGGUUCUUGUGGAGUGAUGUGUUCUGAGAGUGUGUCUGUUGAGCGUGACAAAUUGAGAACAAGCUGGAGUGGUUAUCCUCAUCUUUUUUUUUUUUAGGGGGUAGGGAUGUUUUUGUGUUUCCCAUAUUUUCAAAAUUUAUCUUGAGGCCAGUAAUGAAAUGCUGUAGUUGUGUUCUACCUCUAAGAAUGAAAGGAUUGUGGGAAGGGGGGGAUGCGUUGAUUUGUUGGUUAGGAGAAUGGUUGAUAGUAGAGGUGGGCUCAUCCAUGGGAUUAAGAUUCUCUUUUUUUUUAAACCGUUUUUGUGGGGGUUUUCUGAAUUGUAGGGUUUUUGUCUGUCUUUUUAAUAUUGUUUCCUCAUGAUGUUGAAGUGAGCACUGCCUUCUUAUAUGCCAAAACAGUGCCUGCUCGCUUUAUCAAUACUGUAGACUGCUCAAGAUGAUGGCAAAAUUACACAGGGGGGAACCCACAUCUGCGACCAGAAUGAACCAUGAAAUCAGCCCUCCCCCCCCCCCUCUGAUAUAUGGCCAGGGGACUCAAAGUAGGGAUUGAUUUUGUGUUAAGACAUUGUUUUUACUACAGUUCAUUUUGAAAAGGGUCUACUACUUGUCACAAUAAUAGCCCAACUUCUGAUAUUAUAGUUUUUAAUGAAUCCCCCCCAACAUUUCAGAAUUUCAUGACUUUACUUUGAUUCCAGCCAUAAACAUUUCUCUUUUCUACUUGCAAAUGGUGGUGUACUUUUACCAUUGUAUGGUAAACCAACUUACAAAGAAUGCCAUGGUGGGUCAGUUUGACUUGGGCUACUAUCAUAACUUGUUGAUAAUACACUUCUUGUGUGAUAUAGGCUAUGUUCAAGUUGAACUGAGGUGGUAGUAUUUUUCAUGUACCUCGCAAGUGAAGUUCUCCCAGGACUACACAAAAUAAUAGUUGUUCCAUGAACAGUUUCAUUCAACUCUGGUUCUUGACGUGCGUUGGUCUGAAAAGUAGAUCUUUGAUUCUUCCCCCGAAAAUCUCAUCGCUUAUGUUAAUGCCAAAAUACAAA